CUCCCGUAACCAUGUCGCCAUUUUGAUUCGAAAAAUAUGACUGAGUUUUUCCUGCUUUGCAUGCUAAACUUAGCACCGCGUUUCAAUUACUUUGGACGAAUUACACACUCUUUAUCCGACUGAGGUAUAGUCAUUAGGGUCAAGGACGCAUUAAGAUCGGAGAAGUGUUAAUUUGAUAGACUUCAAAGACACUAACUGACUAACGGUAGCUAAGUUGAGCUAAGCUAACUGUAGCUGUCGCCUUUUUUCAUAACAAAUCACAUUUCGCUCACAGUCUGAAACCGACGGUUGGAAUAGCAGAGGACUUUCAAUCAAAGGUUAUGGUGAGCCACUCAGAGUCUCAUCUCCUAAAGAGGCCUGCGUUUUAAGAGGAGACCCAUGCUGAUAAAUGCCAGGCCUCGCCACACUCUCUGUCGUCUGCACAAACACAAAUGCCUGCCUGCCCGUGGGGGAGGUCUGAUUAAAGAUAUCCAUAUUUCAUCCACUGGGCUGUGUCCCCCGUCCCAGCGGCCACCAUGUUUUGGAAGUUUGACCUGCACACCACCUCCCACAUCGACCAGCUGCUGGACCGGGAGGACGUGACGCUGAGGGAGCUCAUGGAGGAGGACGACGUCCUGCAGGAGUGCAAAGCCCAGAACCGCCGGCUGCUCCUCUUCCUCUCCCAGGAUCACUGCAUGCAGGAGCUGGUCAGCCUCAUCACCACAGAGCCCCCCGCCGACCUGGAGGAGAGGAGCCGCUUUAAGUUUCCCAACAUCGCAUGUGAGCUCCUGACGUCAGACGUGUCCAUUAUAAACGAUAAGCUGGGUGCUGACGAGUCGCUCCUCGAGGUGCUCUAUCACUUCCUGGAGCAGGACCCGCCCCUCAACCCUCUCCUGGCCAGCUUCUUCAGCAAAACCAUCGGCAACCUCAUCGCCAGGAAAACCGAACAGGUGAUUACCUUUCUAAAGAAAAAGGAGGGCUUCAUUGGUCUGGUGCUGAAACACAUUGACGCCUCUGCCAUGAUGGACCUGCUGCUCCGCCUCAUCAGUUGUGUGGAGCCCGCCCCCUUGAGACAGGAAGUCCUCCAUUGGCUGAAUGAGGAGAAGCUGGUACAAAGACUCACAGAGCUCAUCCACACCGGCAAAGAUGAGGAAAGACAAUCAAAUGCAUCCCAAACGCUUUGUGACAUCAUCCGCCUUAGUCGAGACCAGGCCAAUCAGAUGCAGGAGAAUAUGGAGGCAGACCCACUGUUGGCUGUGCUGGAGUCGCAGGACAGCGUAGCCGGGCUCCUCAAGAACAUGUUUGAGGGGGAGAGGAGUGAGGCCUCCAUUGUGAACGGAACUCAAGUGCUACUUACCUUACUGGAGACCAGGAGGUCUGGGUUGGAAGGGCUGAUGGAUCUGUAUUCUCAGGGUUAUGAAAGGUCUUACACUGUCAACAGCAGUAUUUUAAAUGCCAUUGAGCCCCAUUUAAAGGACUUCCAGCAGCUUCUUCUGGAUCCCCCCAAGAAAAGUGCAAUAUUGACGACGGUUGGCCUCCUGGAGCAGCCUCUUGGGAACGCCCGUCUUCACGUGGCCCGGCUGGUGGCCGCCCUGCUGCAGACCAGCGCCCUCAGUAUCUGCCAGGAGCUCUGCAACCUUACCACCAUGGACCUACUACUGGAUCUGUUCUUCAAAUACUCCUGGAAUAACUUUUUGCACUUCCAAGUGGAGCUGUGUGUGGCGGCCAUCUUGAACCACCCGUCGUCCUCAGAGGAGCGACCCAGCCCGGCUCUGCAGAACCACGACGGGAAGCCCGAAGCACCGAACCCCGUGGGGCAAGAGCAGCAGGAGGAGGAGGAGGCGGAGACAGGCAGGACCAGCGACCCACAGACCUCUCUCCACAACGCCCUCGUAGCACAUCUCUUCCAAAAGUGUCAAUUGGUACAGAGAAUACUUAACGCCUGGGAAGAGAACGAUAAAAUACAGGGUGAGGGCGGCACAAGGAGAGGCAACAUGGGUCACCUGACCAGAAUUGCCAACAUGGUGGUCCAAAACCUGGAGAAAGGACCCGUACAGGCCCAGAUCUCCGACCUCAUCAAAGAGCUGCCAGAAGACUGCAGAGGUCGCUGGGAGAGCUUUGUGGACCAGACCCUGAGAGAGACGAACAGGAGGAACACGGUGGAGCUGGUGAGCACACACAACAUGCACUCGUCCAGCGAAGACGACGACAUGGAGAGCCCCUUCCCCAACGACCUGUCUCUCCAGCAGGCCUUCUCUGACUAUCAGAUCCAGCAGAUGACCGCCAACUUUGUGGAUCAGUUCGGCUUCAACGAUGAGGAGUUCAGCGAGCACGAUGAAAAUAUCAAUGCCACGUUUGACCGAAUUGCUGAAAUAAACUUCAAUCUAGAUGCUGAUGAUAACAGUGCCAACGCAGCUGCUUUUGAAGCCUGCUGUAAAGAGUCGAUACACCAGUUUGACGACGUCGAGGAAGAGGAGGACAUCUGGGAGGAGAAGGAGACGAACUAUGCAACACAAGCUAAAUCCAGAACAAGGUUCGGGGUCUCCCAAACCUCAGAGGAAAGCUCCAGGAGCAGCAUGGAGAACGGCGGCAGGGAUCGGGACCACGGAUCUGGAUCUGAUGAGGAGGAGGAGCCCGUGCAGAACACAUCAGAGUCAGGUCCAGGCUGGACGGCGCAUUUCAGGGAGUCUGGAGGGACGGCAGCUUCCCAAACGGAGGCCGGGUGGGACAGCUCGUCGAGGAGCGGAGCGGAAACGAAGGGAAGUGGCUGGGCCAACUUCACUGAGUUCCAGCCUUUCUCCGGUACAGAGACUGAGCCCAGGUGCGGCUCCCCGGUGGCCUCGGACAGUAGCACUGCUGCAGAAAAACAAGCCAAACCAAACCAGGAGAAGAGUGCAGAUGUUAGUGCCUCUGCUGCUGAGUGGCCGGUGGGAGAGGCGAAGAAGGCCCCCAUCGUGGCCUCAGACAGCAGCUCCUCCGGGGGGUCCGACAGCGAGGAGGACGACAAAAAGGCUGGAGCUCCUCCCGCUGCAGCCGUCGCCUCGGAAACACCCGCCGUCAACAAGACCGCUGACCCAAAAAGUGAGGAGAGCCCGCUGUCUCUGGAGAAGCUCUCUCUGUCAGAUCCUCCUGCUGCAGAUCCAGCCGUCACCUCGCACACUGACAGGAAGGAGGAAACGCCCCCCCAACAGGAAGUGUCGGUCAACGGGCCGGUGUGAGACUGCUGAAAAUCCACCAGAGACUGUCCCCUCCCCUCCGCCCGCCCCGCCCUGAAAAGAAAACCCCCACCUCACUGCACCCCCACGGUGUUUUUCCUGAAUCACUCGGCCGUGGUAUUGGACCUGGACACUGCCAAUCAACACCAACCAAGAGGUGGAGGAACAUGUUGAUAAUUAAAGAGAAAAAAGAUGAUUUAAGAAACCCAACGGACGGGGGGUGCAGAGGGGUCCUCGUCGACGCCUCUUUUUCCACGGUUGCACACGGUUACGUGCGGUUUUAAUGUAGCAGCGAUUCUUCAGAGGGGUAACAUCGUCUUCGUUAUUUUUUUAGAGAUUUCCUCUCCUGCUCGUCGGAAGCUGUUGGGAGUCCCUUCGUCGUGGUCGUUGUUGUUGUUGUUUGGGGGGAUUUUUACACGGUCAGCCCCCCCCCCCCCCGGACGGAUAGCACAGGCUAACUUUUAACGAUGCCUCAACAAUAAAUCUUUUAUAAAUAAACAAACUUUUCUUCUUCAAGCUUAAAGAGAAAGCACUUAUGCAGCCAUUUACUGUACAUUAUAGCACAAUGUAAGUGUCUGUCUCUCGCCCACUUCGAGGUUCAUCACUCUCAAACAUCUUGUCGUAUGUCACCAGGUUUCUGAAUGUCCUGAACGAGGGUCAGUGAGGAGGAGGAGGAGGAGGAGGAGGAGGAGGACGAACAGAGCUCUAAAGUAUUACUGUCUUUUGCUCAUGUGCAAUAAUACCAAUUAGCCAUUUUAUUUAAAAUUUAAAUCCAACUUCAAUCUAGUGUUCGAGGCUCCUUCUGGUUUAGAGAAAUUUGAUCUGAUUUUAAACCUGUUUUUCUUUCUAGUGCAUGUAUAACUGUUCUGUUGACCUAGCUAGUGAGCUAAGACCUUCUGAUUGUAUUGACGUUUAAGUUCUUAUUGCUACCCCCCCCCCCCAUUAAAAAUCAACCAAACAUUAUCUACCUAUAUACAAAUAUUAUCUACAUUUUAAAGUAAUUUUACAAGCAAUCUUGAGAUUACUGUCGUCUGUUCUCUCUCUCUCUCUCUCUCUCUCUCCACCAAGCACGUGCUCACCGAGCGGCCUCUGACCGAGCGAUGCUGUCUGUUUUUAUUUUUUAAAGUCUAAUUUUAUUUGUCUCUGAGCAGCAGGAUUGGAAAGAGGGCAGGUCUGGGUUUUAUGCGGAGCUCCAGGCCUCUUUUUUUUUUUUUUUUUGGUGUACCUACUCAAAUCAUCUGACCGCGAUCAGGUUCUACGAUCAUUGUUUGAAAAGAAAUUUGAAAUUAAAAGUGUCUGGUCGACCACAUUAAUACCAAAAACUGUCCCUGCCUGUUGUUGUGCUUCAUCGUGUGUGUGUGUGUGUGUGUGUGUGUGUGUGUGUGUGGUAGAUUAGUCUCUGAAUUAUUGAGACUAUUAAACAUUAAAUGAUCUGCAAAUUAAACACAUGAAUAAAAGAAACACUUUCAUGAAUUUACAAAAUAA